ACUUUACAACUUUGUGCAUGAUUUUAUUUAUAUCCUGGCAGCACAAAUAUCGAGUUGUUUUUCAUUCAAUUUUCAGUGGAAUUUUGACGUCGCUGCUACUGGCUCGUAUAUUCUCCAUGUAGUGCCCAAGUUUUCAAAAUGUCUCUAAUUAAGUAGUUCUGUAGGGAACCAAACGGAUCGAUUCUUAAAUGACGCCCACGAAAACGACAAAAACCGAAGUAGAAAUGGUGAUAAGAAACAGAAAGACCGCAAUGAAAGACGGGAUCAUGACGAUGUCUGGCAUCGGGGAGCCUUCCGUGUUCCACGCACUAGUGGUGAUCUUUUUGGAGUUCUUCGCGUGGGGACUGCUCACGAUGCCAAUCAUAUCGGUGCUAAAUGCCACGUUCCCAGAUCACACGUUCCUGAUGAACGGACUGAUAAUGGGCAUCAAGGGCAUCUUGUCGUUCCUGUCCGCGCCGCUGAUCGGCGCUCUGUCGGACGUCUGGGGCCGGAAGUUCUUCCUCCUGGUAACGGUGUUCUUCACCUGCGCGCCGAUCCCGCUCAUGACCAUCAACACCUGGUGGUUCUUCGCCAUGAUUAGCAUCAGUGGAGUGUUCGCCGUGACGUUUUCGAUCGUGUUCGCGUACGUGGCGGAUGUGACCACGGAGGCGGAGCGGUCCCGCGCCUACGGGCUGGUCUCUGCUACCUUCGCCGCUAGCAUGGUGAUCUCGCCCGCGCUCGGCGCCUACCUCAUGGACCUCUACGGUGAGGCGCUCGUGGUAGCCGCCGCCACCGCCGUCGCCGUGCUGGACGUAUUCUUCAUUAUGGUGGCCGUGCCAGAAAGCUUGCCUGAGAAAGUCCGACCCAGUGGAUGGGGCCCCGCAAUCAGCUGGGAGCAGGCCGACCCAUUUGCUGCACUAAGGAAAGUGGGAGCGGACCGUACAGUGUUGAUGCUGUGUGUGGCUGUGUUUUUGUCCUACCUCCCUGAGGCGGGACAGUAUUCGUGCAUAUUUGUGUACCUCAAACUAGUGAUGGGUUUCGGUGUAGUGCAAGUGGCGAUUUUCAUCGCAAUCGUGGGAGUGCUGAGCAUUGGAGUGCAGGUGAUCCUCGGCUUCCUAAUGAGGACUCUAGGACCGAAGCACACCAUCAUGUUGGGGUUGUUGUUUGAGAUGCUGCAGCUCAUGUGGUACGGGUUCGGGUCCCGCACGUGGAUGAUGUGGGCGGCGGGCGUGCUGGCGGCGCUGGGCUCGAUCACGUACCCCGCUAUCAGCGCGUUCGUGUCCGUGAACUCGCGGCCGGACCGACAGGGCGUCGUGCAGGGCAUGGUGACCGGAGUGCGCGGGCUCUGCAACGGCCUCGGGCCCGCGAUGUUCGGCGUCAUCUUCUACUUGUUCCACGUGGAUUUGAACGAGGAGCAUGCGACGGACGGGCGGCCGGAGCCGGACCGCUACGUGCGCCUGGUGCCGGGCCCGCCGUUCGUGCUGGGCGCGCUGCUAGUCAUCUGCGCGCUGCUGGUGGCCGCGUUCCUGCCCGAGGACGGCGCGGCGCCGGGGCGGCGCUCGCCGGACGCGCGCUUCGAGCUGGAGCGCGGGAGGCGCGUAGCCGGCGCGCUGUCGCCGCUGAUGGCGCCGGAGUCGGCAGCGCUCUAGCUGCAAGCCCGCGCCGCCCGCGCAGCGAGCGUCUGAGGCCCCGCAUUUAUGAAGGUACCAAAGUGAGCCCACCGGGCUAUCCCCGGUCCUUGAGAGACUUUCUGCUUCUAUUGUGAUUUUUAAGCUUUUUACCUGUUUUGUAACUUUCGAUUUGCCGCAGAUGUGUACAUAUUUUAUCUAUAAACCAUUGAAAUAGAUUAGGGCGCGGGUGCGCCCUCCUGGACUCCUGUUGUUGGGAGCUGUUGCGUUGAACUGUCACUAAACAUUCAAUCUAAAGAAUAUUUAUAUCAA